AUCCCUAAUCCCCGUCCAGUUUUCGUGCGCUCCUUUGCGCCUGCACGCUUUGGAAACCUCUGACUUCUCAGUUAACAAAAGAAGAAGAAGAAGAAAUCUCACCUGUAAUUUGGGGAUAAUGGAGUUCCCCACUCUUCUCCCCGACGACCUGGGCGAUUUCAGCGAGCGCGACUCGGUCUCCGCAGCUCCGUUCAACGUGACACUGUCCGAGGAGGAGCUGCUGCUUCUGCCUGCGAGGAGCAACCACACCGACAGGGCUGCUGCGGCCAGGGACGCGACGAGUCUCAUCCUCGCCGUGUGCAUCACGGCUCUCUACUCCCUCAUCUGUGUGGUGGGGCUGCUGGGCAACGUGCUCGUGAUGUACGGGGUGGUCAGGUACACCAAGAUGAAGACUGCCACCAACAUCUACAUCUUCAACCUGGCUCUGGCCGACGCUCUCGCCACCAGCACCCUCCCCUUCCAGAGCGCCAAGUACCUGAUGGGCACGUGGCCCUUUGGGGAGCUGUUGUGCAAAGUGGUCAUCGCCAUCGACUACUACAACAUGUUCACCAGCAUCUUCACGCUCACCAUGAUGAGCGUGGACCGCUACAUCGCCGUUUGUCAUCCGGUGAGAGCACUGGACUUCCGCACACCCGCCAAAGCCAAGCUCAUCAACGUCUGCAUCUGGAUGCUCUCCUCUGCCGUCGGAGUCCCUGUGAUGAUAAUUGCUGUUACCAAGGUGACGGAUAAAGGAACCACCGCCUGCGCACUCAGAUUUCCCAAACCCGAGUGGUACUGGGACACAGUGAUGAAAAUCUGCGUGUUCAUUUUCGCCUUCGUCGUACCCGUCCUGGUUAUCACCAUCUGCUACGGCCUGAUGAUCCUGCGACUCAAGAGCGUCCGUCUGCUCUCCGGCUCCAAGGAGAAAGACAGGAACCUGCGGCGGAUCACCCGCAUGGUCCUGGUGGUUGUGGCGGCCUUCAUCGUCUGCUGGACUCCCAUCCACAUCUUCAUCAUCGUCAAGACCAUGGUGGACAUUGACCACAGGGACCUCCUCGUGAUGGCCAGCUGGCACCUGUGCAUCGCACUGGGCUACACCAACAGCAGCCUCAACCCCGUGCUGUACGCCUUCCUGGAUGAGAACUUCAAGAGGUGCUUCAGGGACUUCUGCCUGCCCCAGCGCUCGCGCCUGGAGCAGAGCAGCUUCUCCAGAGUGCGCAACAGCACACGAGAGCCCGCCUCUGUCUGUGCGCCCGCGCCGACGGAGAGACCGCCGGCCUGACUAGGCAUGGGUCAGUGGGCGGGUGGGACAGUUCAGGAUGACCUCCAGACUGAGGUCACACAGUUUUCUACCACAGGAGUGUGAGUCUGCGAAGUCCGAGAAGGCUUUUGGCCUUCCAUCAAGACAAAUUAUUGAUUGUGUUUUUGAAUUGGUGCAAUGAACAUAAUUCAUUGUGUUUUUGAAUUGGUGCAAACAACACACAUUGACGAAACACAAUCCUGAGUGGGCUGUCUUUCAGGAUGAUCACGAUCAUGCCCAUAUGUAGCUGAGUAUAAGGAAAUAGAGACAAUUGUACAUACAAUCAAGGAGUGUGGAGGACAAAAUGCACUCAUGUGAACACACAUACACACACACACACACACGCACACUUUACAAUCAGACAGUUUUUGUUUUUUUCCCCAUUCUGCUCUAUUUCAGUCCAAAUGAAGAGAGCCAGUGUUUGUCCGCUCCGGGCUACUGUAGAAAUGCAGCAGUGCAACCCCUUAGAAGACUGUCCGAUGCUACUGAUGUAGAUAAAAAAGGGCUCACUAUGUAAAUAUUAGAUUCGAUUUCUGCCAAUAGAUCCCCCUAAAUCCUCAACACUGGACCUUUAAUGUGCCGACUCUUCACAUCCAUGUGAGGGUGAAUCGGUCACCCGACCUCAGUCCGACAGAUCAUGUUUUUCACUUGAUGGAGACCCGACUGACUAAGAAAAACUGCAGCAGGGAGUGGAAAUGGCCGCAGCAGACUAUCAACUGAAAAGAUAGAACUGUGAUUUUCUGUUCCCUAAAAUUUGGGGACUAAGGAAUGCCGUGAGUCUCUUUUUUUUUUUGCAGGACCAAAAAAUCAGAGGCACUAUAAUGCUCCAUAGAGUUGCAGGGGAACUAUAACACAGUGUGGGUUUAUCAUUACAGACAGCUCUUUUCAUAUCACACACAUUCCUUGUGAAUAGAAAAUAUAGCAGCUGAAAAUUGAAUAUGAGACUUUAACCUCAACGUGUUUAAUUUCUCAUCCUGUGCAGCAGCGUACGGAGCCAACACUAUGAAAUAUGCAGCUCUGUCCUAAUUCUUUCUGGCUGUUUAGCUUGGAGUAUUGUCACUCGACGUCACCGGGGAGGUAAUGAGAAUACUAUAACAUCAAUGUAUGGCCAAGACUUGUGGUUUUUUUUGUUAUUGUCUCCAUCAUGAGAUGCACACGGCAAUUAACAGCAAUCGUUACAGAUCUGUCUCUGUGGUCAAAUUCUUUAUUACCACAGAACUGUGUUUCUGCGCCAUUUUUCCUCUUUAAUAGAACCGACACAUGAACAAUUCUUGUAAAAUACACCUUAAAAAUAAAUUUACAAAUCUAAUCAAAACAAAACCUUCAUAAUUAAGCAGUGAUGAGUGGCACUUCCAGCCUAUACUCACCAUGAACGUUGGUGUUCAGCUGACUCACUGUGCCCACUCUCAGUAGUAAGGCUGCUCUAAAAAUCGUAUUUAUUUAUUGCAACCAAAACAUGAUGCAAUAGUAAACUGAGGAGCUGAGGCCGGGAGAAACUGGCACUGUGGUUUCUGUCGUGAGGUGACUCACUGAACUGGCAUGGAGGCAAGUCUGAAUUGGACAAAAUGCAUUAUUACAGAACGUAUUUCAGCUAACUAGCAAUUUUUCCUCUGACCAUUGUUGGACACUUGCCGGAGGAGGUGUGGAGGUUUUUUUAGUGCACAUUUUGAGAGGGCGGUCAAAUCGAUGCAGCAGUGGAUUUUUAUCUAUUAAAGGCAUCUACAGUAUAACAAGGAUAUUGUUAAGUAUUACAGCAUAUUAAUUGGCAAUGUGGUUUUCUUUUUGUUUUAAUGUGCCGUCAAACUGUUGUACCAUUAAGCUUCACCUGUAUUUA